CAUGUGGUUUAGUUUCAUCGUAAACAUCAUCGUGUAAAGACGUUGUACCUGGCGACCAACAAGCGUACAUCUGACGGAGAUCGCUACCCCUUCCAUUCACACGGUUUUACUCGCGUUCGUUAUUGAUCUUUCAACCCAGCAGCGCGAAGAACUCUUUUGCGGUUGGUGGUUCUGCUCCAGACGGUUUCGAGCGGUCCAAGACACAGGUGGUUUAGCACGCGCACACGCUUCUCAGUAAAGCACCUUGAAGGUUUUCUUCAUCGGUUUGAAGGCAGCAGCCGAAAGGAAGGGAAAAAACUGCGCGUUCGUCGUCUGUACAACUAGUUUGGCAAUUGAAAUUGCUCAUUGCAGUUACUACAGUAAGUGGCUUCUUAAGAUGGUGUGUUGUUUUGUGCUAAGAGUAGUGCUUUUAAUCAAAUAGAUGUGAACCGAGUGAAACGUCGUUAGUGGUGCACUCUCUGUAGGUGUGCACAAAGUUCAGCCCACCGCCAGUAGUGUCUGGCUAGGAAACUUAUCGUAAUAAGUGAAAAUUAUCUAAUAUCACAGCUAGUGGUCGUCAGAAAAAGUGACUUUCCCGCGAAGUGACUAAAAACUCGACGUGUUAGAGCAGCGUGCAUCAUACUCAACCCACCUUAGCCUGUCGUGAAUUGAAACUAAUUAGCGGAUUCGUUUUAUUUUUGUGGUUUCAGGGAGGAUCAGCUAGGUGAACAGCCGAAACAAAAAAAUGGAUGUGGACAUCAACGAUGGAAAGGAUCGUAUCGGACCGAUGUACCGGGAUCGCCACGUGCUGAUCACCGGAGGAACAGGGUUUAUGGGAAAAGCACUUAUCGAAAAGCUUUUAAGAUGUACAGAAGUUGCCAAAAUUUACCUGCUAGUCCGAACAAAGAAAGGAAAAUCACCAAAGGCGCGAUUAGAAGACAUGUUUUCCAACCCGCUUUUUGCCCAAGUAAUCGAACUCCGUGGGCUCAACACAUUGCUGGCACAAUGCGUGGUGAUACCGGGCGAUGUCACCGAACCCGAGCUCGGCAUAUCGGCGGAGGACCGGAAACGGAUCGUAGAAAAUGUGUCCAUCAUCUAUCACUGCGCGGCAACGAUUCGCUUCGACGAAGCCCUCAAGAAGGCAGUUUUGCUGAACACGCGAGGCACAAAACUGAUGGUGGAAUUGGCAAAACAGUGUAAAAAGUUAGAGAUGUUUGGCCAUGUUUCGACGUCAUAUUGUCAUCUGAAUGAAAAACUACUCAUGGAAAAGCCAUACCCACCGCCAGCAGAUCCACAUAAAGUCAUUAAAGCUGUGGAAUGGCUGGAAGAUGAUAUCGUGGACGGUAUCACGAAGAAAAUCCUUGGCGAAUGUCCCAACACUUACGCCUACACCAAAGCUCUGGGUGAAGCCGUGGUCGUUGAAGCAAUGAAGGACAUCCCCGUGGUCAUCUUCCGCCCCUCGAUCGUGGUACCGACCUGGCGGGAACCAAUCUCCGGAUGGACGGAUAACAUCAACGGACCGGUCGGUCUUUUGAUUGGCGCUGGCAAGGGCGUCAUCCGGUCGAUGUACUGCAACUCCACUGGCUACGGCGAUUAUCUGCCGGUGGAUUUCGGCGUGAGCGCCAUCUGUGUCGGUACCUGGAACUUUAUCGGCCGGAAAGAUUUCGCGCGAAACAUUUUUCAUUUAGUGAGCUCACAGGAGAUUAGAAUAUCGUGGGAAGGCAUCAUAGACCUAGGAAAGUCCAUCGUCGCCGAGAAAGUGCCUCUAAAUGGUGUCUUUUGGUAUCCGGGCGGCAACAUGAAGAAGUAUAGAUGGCAACACAACCUGGCGGCUCUCUUCUUCCAUUGGGUUCCGGCGGUGUUAAUAGACUGCUUGCUGUACGUUCUAGGAUAUAAACCAGUACUUUGCCGUGUGCACCGGAGGAUCGCCAACGGAUUUGAAGUGUUUGAAUACUACGCCAACAAUCAGUGGGACUUUGACAAUGCCGGCAUAAACCACCUGCGAGAUCAGAUUAACGAGGAAGAGAAGGUCAAAUUUAAAAUCGACGCAGGAGGAGUCGAAAUUAACGAGUACUUCGAGAACUGCAUCUGGGGAGCAAGAAGAUUUAUUCUCAAGGAAUCGGAUGAGUCAGUACCGGCUGCAAAGAGGCACAUGAGAGUGAUGUGGUGCGUGGACAAAAUCUGCAAGACAAUCAUCUAUGGCGCUUUCUUCUACUACUUCGGUAUGUGGUUAUACAACAAAGUGUUCGCAGGUGCUGUCUAGUGCUCCAUAGGAUACCUUUCCAUUAGAUUAGCUUUAAAUUGUGUGUAUAUCGUAGAUUAAUCCCAAUCGUGCUCACCCACAACCCUUAAAUGACAUUUUUUCAUAAAGGUGAAUGUUAACCUCUAUGUUCUUUCUAAUGGUAUAUACGUUUUUUGUUUCAAAUUAAGAAGAUGAUUAAAUAUUAAUGAUAACGCACAUCGAUUAGCGUAUCUCGUAA